AUGAUGAAGGGAGUGGGUGUUGAUGAUGGUGCAAACUGCUGCAUUUCAGCGUGCGGUGUCAUCUCUGAGCCUCCUAAGGAGCUGUUCAGCAAUACGAACUUGGUAGGAUUCCCAGUUCCAAAUGUCAAGCUUCGACCUGCUCAACGCCAAUCAGUUCCUCAGAAUGAAUCAUGGGACCAUGGUUCAGACACAGAACCUGCCCCAAACGCGAGCAUGCAGGAUUUGUGCCCAAGGCCUUUCAAAGGGUUCACACUGUGUGCAACUGGAAUAGUCGACAAAUCAACAUUGUUCAAACAGGCCUUUGAGCUCGGUGCUACAUCCAACAGCGAUUUCACGGACAAAGUCACCCAUUUGAUUGCUAGUGAUCAUGGAGGGGCAAAGUAUAUGUGUGCAAUAGAACGGAAGAUCCCCAUAAUGCGGCCAGAGUGGAUUCACGAUGCCUAUGAAGUAUGGCUGCGUGGAGAUGAUGUUGAGCUUCAAGACAACCUAGAGAAGUAUAGACUGCCCGUUUUCUCAGGCGUUAUUCUCUCGCUCUCCGGGAUCGACGACAUACCCCGCCGAACUCAGAUCAAUCAGCUAGUGACGCAACAAGGUGGAAUGUACCUCAAAAACCUUGAAAGACCUGUCAAGGUCACACAUUUAUUGUGUUCCGGAGAUGUAGAGACAGAGAAGAUGAAGUACGCCGAGAAGUUCAACAAACGGCGAGAAGCUAAGAUUCAACUCGUGUGGGAAGAGUGGUUUUGGGAUUCGUUGGAGUUCGGAGGUAGGGUCGACGAACGCAGGUACCAAGUCAAUCGGCCUCGACCAGAACGGAAAUCAUUUUCAUUUCAUGAAGGUGCGCAACUCGGUCCUUUAGAUCCGACAACAUUAUCAUACUCAGCGCCUGGUUCUCGUCCCGAAACCGCCAUUCCAGUCGAUCCUCCACCUGCGAAGAAACCUGCACGAGAAGUUGGUCCUUCGAACCAGGAUGAAGAUGAAGAAGAAACUGGACAGAUCAAACGUGUCCCCACUGUCACGCUCCAACUAUGGGAGAGUCUUCUGAAACCCCGCGGAUUCGAGGUCACAGAAGGAAAGCUUAUCCGCAGUCCCUCCAAAUCUCAAGCUGGCCAAGGCAGGUCAUCACCACAGGGCCAUCCCACCAAACCUCCAGCUCGCGCCGCCAAUCCAGCGCCACUCGCGGCUGGCAGCGUCAUCUCCUCAUUCAGACGUACAAACUCAUUCGCGCCGGUGGCUAAAGAGUCAUCUGCACGGCAGCCAUUCAGGCGAACGUCAACUCUUUCAACAGUCGAGCAGGUAAUCAAUGCCUUGACCAGUGACGAGAUGGUACCAGCUACUUUAGACUUGUUCUCAGGACGGAAAUUUCGUUUGCUUGGGGAAGCUAGGUCCGCAAGUGUGCGUUCUGCAAUCGAGCAGUGUGGGGGGAUCUUAGUCUCAGAGGAGGACAUGGGUGGCGUGGAUUUCAUCAUUGUUAGGCUCAUCAGUGGGAGUAAGCUGUAUCAACGUGAAGCCGACGAGCAAGAGCGUUCUAAAUACAGGACAGAAUGUUGGCUGGAGCACUCUGUUUUUAAAGAGUACAUCUGCCCUCCUGAGGAGAACGUGUCAUUCACCCCACUUAAAGUGGCAACACCUAUUCCAUCCGCAGAACUAGUAAACCUAAGCGUAUCUGGUUUAGACGAGGCCCAACUAUGUUGGGUGAGAAGAUUGCUUCGUGCGCUAGGGAUACAUUUGAUGCCGAAUUUCUCCCGCCGUUCUACGCACCUACUCUGUCCAUCCGGUACUGGCGCUAAAUUCGAUAAGGCAAAGGAGUGGAGUAUUCCAGUCGUGUCACUAGAUUGGCUCGUCCAUAUGGCAACGAAGGGAGUAGUUCCGGAUGUGGGGAUGUACAUGGUGGGAUCUCAUUAUCUUGAGGUGGAGGAUGGUUUGUGGAUGGAGGAUGAUGUGGGGCAUGUGGCAAAACAAGAUAAAGGAAAGGAAAAGGCAGUUGACGUCCAGAUGGAAGAUAGCACCAACAAUUUCCAUGCCGAACAAGCUUUAUUUACCAAAAAACCCAACCUCCUUGAAGAUAAACAUGUCGGAAGAUCUCUUUCUCUGCUCGAUUUCGAUCCAGCUGCAGAACAUGAUAUGUUCGGAAAACCAAAUGGCUUUCUGGGCUCUCCACCAUCAGACGUGCCUCCGUCCUCUCCUCCCGCAGCCCCGCCACUGAGCAGUUCACCCGGUUUAGAAUACCUUGAUGUACUAAACCCACCUCCACCUCCCCCACGAGGUCAUUCACGUCAUAUGAUCAGCCAAGCGCCGACGUUGCCUUCAAUUGACAUCGACGCUGAAGCGCGUAUUCCAUCGUCGAAGUCGCCAUCGCCGAUGAAGCUGCCUCCGAGCUCUGACCCUGCAGCCAAUUCCAGCUUUAAUGCAGGCGCGCAUGCACCAUCCCCGAUAAAGUUUGAGAACCAGGUGACGAGGGCACUUCAAGAAAGUAUAACGACGUUGUUGGGCAAGAGGCAAAUAUCAGAGGAAGAUAUGGCUGUACCCGUUGGGAGGGGAAAGCGGGUGAGGCCGCAUUCAAGGACGAAGCCUCAAUCUCGACAGGGUACUCGUGAAACUAUUGACAUACUUCGUGCACCUGACCUGCUGCACCAAGAACCAGUGUACGACGAGGAUGCUUACAACGAGAUGAACAUCUUGGAGAGGGAAGGGGAGGGUGUGGAAGAAAGUUUGAGGGUGACUUAUGAGGAUCCCGAACAGCGUCUUGUAAGGCAACGCCUAUUGAGCCUAUUUGGCGAUCAGGCGCAGGCACGAGGAGGGAACAAUGGCGACAAAAACAGCCAUGGCAAUAUUAAUAUUAAUACUAAUAAAGGUGCUGAGGGUUCAAAGGCGAAUGGAAUGGGAGUGACGAGGAGGAGUACGCGUGUAGCGGGGUUUUGAGAUAUUUGACCAUAUGUAACUUCAUUG